AUGUUUCAACAACUAGUCAACGAACAACAAAACAUUGACAUUACACAAGAAAGUAUAAAUAGAUUACAAGAAACGGAUUUGUCAUAUCAUACCUUAAAAAUUGUUAAUCAAAACAAUCCAAAUGAACAGCUCAUGGAUGCCAUUCGUCGUAUUGUAGAUCAGAGUAUUGAUAGAUUUACCAACAACUUCAACAACCGAUUAGCAAACUUCGACAACAACAUCAACAAUCGAUUCGAAAACAUCGACAAUAAUAUUAACAACUUAAAUAACCGAUUAGAAAACAUCGACAACAAUAUCAAUAUUAUAAAAAACAAUCUCACAAUUCUGAACAACAACAUAGUCAACUCAGUCAAUAGUACCAAUAAUAACUUAGCAAUUAUCAACAACAAUUUGAGAACAAUCGACAACAAUCACAAUAUUAGAUCAGCAAUUAUAUUUUUCAACAAUCAGAAUGAAUACAAGAGAGGAAGCAAUGCAAAAUCAAAAAAUCCAUUACAAGGAUUACACAAGACCAUUGCUGGAUUUGGGGUUCAACAACCAUGGUAUUCAAACAACUAUCAAGUACACAACUUUGGCUUGAAUAAUAUUGGUAAUAUACCAGUAAAUGUUGAUUUUAGAAAUAGAGAUCAUACAGAUUUGGUUAUAUCACGUUUGUCGUAUUGGUAUAAUGAAACUUUUGAUAUUGAAGAAGAAGACGACAGAGAUGAAAAGAAUAAUAAAUUUUUUGUUUGGUUGACCAAAUCAUUGGUCAGUGACUUACCUCCACAAGUAAACUUGGAGCCACUUAUACCAACACCACCAUUUGCAGAACUUAUUGCUCAUAUCCCGUUGGAUAAUCAAUAA